CUGUGAGCUCAACCUAGCGCUUCACUUGCUUGCCAACUCGGGUUCGCAGACGCCACGCAUAGUCCCACCAGAAAGGGGCAUGGAUCGAGCGGAGAGCAUCGAGAGCGCGAUUUGCGCCGUGCAGCAGGCCAUCAGCCACAGCGGCUUAUCAUCGGAAUGGACCAGUAUCCUAUGUGCCAAGCUCCGCAGGCCCUCUGACUGCUCAGAUGUGAGGAGGGUAUUGGAGAAAAAUGGUUGGGUGCGCGGUCAGUUUCGAAGCCCCCCUGUUCGUGAACUGCUGCUCAGGGAGCUCAGGGAGUUGACACUUGAAAGCCAAAGCUCCAUGCCGCUGCGGCUGGACGAGGAUCGCCGGUUCGACAGACAGUACACCUUUGAGGAGAAGGAGAAGCCAGUGGGCGAGGGCACGUAUGGCGCUGUGUUUCGAGCCUACGACAACGUGUCGCGCCGCACGGUAGCCAUCAAGCGGGUGAAGAUGGAACAUGAAGACGAGGGCAUGCCAAGCACCGCCAUCCGUGAAGUUGCUGUACUGAAGGCGGCUGAUCAUCCGAACGUGGUAAAGCUGCUGGACGUCUCGUGCAGCCCUGGACGUUUGCAUUUGGUCUUUGAGUUUGUCAACGCCAACCUGAAGCAGUAUAUGAAGAAGCUUGGGCGGCCUUUGAGUCCUGCAUCCGUACGCUCACUCCAGAAGCAGUUGAUGCAGGGGAUUGACUACUGCCAUGCAAAAAGGAUAAUCCACAGGGACCUCAAGCCUCAGAACAUCCUGGUUGAUGGGGAGGAUCAGCUGAAGAUUGCUGAUUUCGGCAUGGCACGUGCCUUCAACUUGCCUCUCCCAAAGUACACACAUGAGGUUGUCACGACUUGGUAUCGCUCGCCUGAGAUUCUAUUUGGAUGCCAAGAGUACUCUUUGGGAGUGGAUGUUUGGAGUGCCGGGUGCAUUCACGGCGAGAUGGCAACAGGUGCAGCGCUCUUUCAUGGCGACAGCGAGAUCGACACCAUUUUCCAGAUCUUCAAGAAGUUCGGCACCCCCACUGAGGGUGAGUGGCCUGGGCUGUCUGAGCUCCCAGACUUCAAGCCCACUUUUCCACAGUGGCGCAGGCGCCCCUGGAGCGAGAUCCGCAACGCCGCUUCCCAGCUUGGUGCGGCUGGCACGCGGCUUCUGGAUUGCAUGCUCCGAUAUGACCCAUCUCAACGCAUUUCUGCCAAGCUUUCAUUGCAGCAUGAGUAUUUUGCAGUGACGGGAGAUUCGGACGCUGUGAUGGCAGACUAGUCAGCGCAAGCAGCGGCUGAUUUGCAAUCAAUUUGCUUGAAUUCGCCCAAAUUAGGGGAUGCAGGCUCCCAGCCUACAAUGUGCGCGCUGCAUGAAUUAAGCAUGGUCCACCAGUUGCAGCACUUGGAUCAUUGAUGCAAGAAUUGAAUAGCUCAUGAUGCAACGAACGGCGCAGUGCCCGAUUUCAGGCCCGCCAAGUAUUCUUGCCUGC